AUGCUCCGCACCGCUGCUGCUCGUCUCUCUCGCUCUUCGCGCCAGUUCUCUAGCUCGGCACGUGUCAACUCUUACGCUGACACGAUCAAGAACAUCUGUGUCAACAAGGACACCAAGGUUCUCGUCCAGGGCUUCACCGGCAAGACGGGUACCUUCCACUCCCAGCAGUCCAUCGACUUUGGCACCCGUAUCAUUGGCGGUGUGAACCCCAAGAAGGCCGGCCAGACCCACCUCGGUCUCCCCGUCUUCGGCUCCGUCAAGGAGGCCGUUGACGCCGAGAACCCCUUCGCCACCGUUAUCUACGUUCCUCCUGCGGGCGCCGCCGACGCCAUCCUUGAGGCUAUCGAGAAUGAGAUCCCCCUCAUUGUCACCAUCACUGAGGGCAUUCCCCAGCGUGACCAGCUCAAGGUCUACAACGCCCUUCGCUCGCAGAGCAAGUCGCGUAUGAUUGGAGGCAACUGCCCCGGAGUCCUCGCCGAGACCUGCAAGCUCGGCAUCAUGCCCGGUCAGGUCUUCUCUGAGGGCAACAUUGGUAUUGUCUCGCGUUCAGGAACCCUCACCUACGAGGCUGUCAACCAGACCACCCUCGCCGGUCUCGGACAGUCGCUCACCGUCGGUAUCGGUGGUGACCCCUUCCCCGGCACCCAGCACAUCGACGUCAUCAAGGUCCUCCUCGAGGACCCCAAGACUGAGGGUAUUGUUCUGAUUGGAGAGAUUGGUGGAUCGAUGGAGGAGGAGGCUGCCGCCUACCUCGCCGAGCACAACAAGGGCCCGAACGCCAAGCCCGUUACCGCUUUCAUCGCCGGACGUACCGCUCCCCCCGGACGCCGCAUGGGACACGCCGGAGCCAUCAUCUCGGGAGGAAAGGGCGCCGCCUCGGACAAGGUCGCCGCGCUCCGCGCCGCCGGCGCCCAGGUUGUCGAGUCGCCCGGCCAGAUCGGCCCGGUCAUGCUCCAGCAGAUGAAGGCCGCCGGUAAGGCUUAG